AUGAUAUCCUGCAGAAGGUUUGGUCGGCGCAGGGUAGCCCUCGAUGAUGCGCUUAGUGCUGUUUGCAUCCUGGCGUUCCGGAACCGCUCCGAAAGUCGGGCGCGGGUGUUGCGUAUGUGGGAAGUCGUCGAAAGAGAAGCUCCUCUCGUCGAAGCGGCAGAACCAGCUGUUGACGAGGAGGAACAACUUGCAGCCGAAAGUGUGGAUACUUGUCUUUUCGUGCAACGCCCCGCUGGAGGCCAGCUCGCUUCCCACCACUUGAACAUGAAGAUCAUUAGCAGAUGA